ACAACAGUUUCUGUACCAAAAUUAAUUUUGCACAGUUGCCACAGAGACGCACUAUUAGCUAGCUAUAAUGGAGAGGCUGGAGAAGGAGCUGGACCUUGAGCUCAGCCUCCACCCUUUCUCUUAUGCGGCGGAGGCGGAGCCGCCCGGCUUCUUCCUCUGCACGUACUGCGACCGCAAGUUCUACAGCUCCCAGGCGCUCGGCGGCCACCAGAACGCGCACAAGUACGAGCGCACCCUCGCCAAGCGCCGCCGGCAGAUCGCCGCCGCCAUGCGCGCCCACGGCGCCCGGGUCGACGCCGUCUGCAGGCCCGGGGGCAUCGGAGUCCUCGACGUUGCAGCAGGAGCUGAGCUUGAGAGGGCCAGGAUGGUCGUGCAGCCAGCGGUUCCGUUGACUGUGCGGUCUGGCCUUCUGCACAAAAAGAGCAGCUCGUCGGAGUACGGCGUCAAGCGCGCCGACGAGCUGGAUUUGUCCCUCAGGCUAUGAACCUACCUACUACUAUUUGCUUCUCUUGCACCUCUUUCCUAUUUUUCUGUCUUUACCUGUUUUGGUUUAAGAAGAUUGCUUUGUCCCUGCACCUUUCUACAUCUUAUCUGUGGCUUUACAAACUCGGGCUUUGCCCGUCUCUAAAAUGAUUGGAUUCAUCUCCACCUUUAAUUCUUCAGUGCCUGUUGUAUGUAGUUGAGUUUGUUUCAUGGUAUUUCUGGCGAGAUUCAAGUACAGUUCUUCGAGUUUA